UUUCUUAGACAGCAUAGGCUACGAUCACAAUAUGUGUUUUCUCUUAGGGUUUACACUGGUGCUUGGCAUAAAGACUCAUAACUUUUUGUGUUUAUGGGCUGCCUGAGGUACUUUCAUUAAGUGUUUACUAUCUGUCUUUGGUCGGAAGCCUUCCUUCUGCUGCCUCCCCUUCGCGUUCUUACUCUACUGUUUAACUUUAAUAGAGGAAAAGUGGAUCAGGGAUUGAUGUGACAUAAUGGCUAAGUCCCAAAUAGCACCCUAUUCCCUAUUUAAUGCAUAGCCCAUAGGGCUCUGGUCAAAAGUAGUGCACUAUAUAGAAAAAAAGGGAGCCUAAAACAGUAAUCUGUUUCCUUCCUGCUGUAUUCCCAAAUGGCACCCUAUUCCCUAUUUAAUGCACUACUUUUGACCAGGGCCUAUAGAGAUCUGGUCAAAAUUAAUGCCCUAUAUAGGGAAUAGGGCGCCAUUUGGGACAAAGCCAAUGUCCUGUUAGGAUCAGAGGAGACAGGAUAAUCAUAUUACACUCGUUUCUGAGAACUCUGGGCCAUGUUACAACUUCCAUCGGUAGAACAUCAGAAGAGUUUGAUUGAAGGUGGCAUGUGAGGAGAAUCUGGCACUGCUCGAGUUCUAGAGCUCUCUGGCUUCAGUUGUGACAUCAUGGGACACUCCAUUGGCUCAGGGCCAGCUCCAUGCUGGUCUACUCUACUCAGGCAGGGAGAAAGACAAUAUUCCUGGUGAAACACUAUUUUAUCUGUGUGCUGGUGGCGUUGACUUGAAAACAGAAACAGUGUACACACACAAACACACAUACUGUAUGCACGCAACAAAGUCUGUUUAUGAAACACAUACAUAUACACACACACACACCCUCUCUCUCACUCAUGAUUAGUCAAGUCAAAUUUGUUUUAAGUGCUUUUAACCAGGGUCACAAAACACUUUACAUAAUUCAAUAUAGGCCAUGAUGGUGACCUACCUACCUACACAGGUGUGUUGAGGUGCCAGGUGGGGUGUGUAGUUACCUACCUACACAGGUGUGUUGAGGUGCCAGGUGGGGUGUGUAGUUACCUACCUACACAGGUGUGUUGAGGUGCCAGGUGGGGUGUGUAGUUACCUACCUACACAGGUGUGUUGAGGUGAAAACCUGAACUGGUGACAAAAACAUUUUAGAACGUUUGCAACAUGCUAGUUUUCACAGCAUUUCUCUGUUGUUUCGAGAUGAGCUAAAGCUGCAGCAAGUGGGAGAAAUAGUCUACAAUGCUGGCCAUAUCAAUAUUUUUAAUGUUGACGUUUCUGAAGUGAUAUUUGGCGGUAAAGGCUUGAGUGAGGGACAAUAAUUAUCUAGCCACAAUGAGGCUAAUUUUGAGAAAAGUCAGCUAACCUUGUAAGCUACCUAGGUAUAACUAGCUACUAGCUAGUUAAAUUUCUCUCACGAUUAUAAAGCCAACCAUUUUUUAAAUAAAAACAGCAUAUUAUUGACCUAAAAGGUUAGCUGUGUUAGCCCAGUCGCUAGCUUAUCCAGCCAGGGUCAGUGAUACACAGGGCAACCAUACUGUCUUUCUAUGUGAACAACUGCAAUAAAUUUGCAAGGAACGUUGCUAAAAUGAAUUAAAUGAAAUGAAAUGAACCUCAUAAAAUGUUACCUGUAAUGUUCAUCUCCUGUAGCCUAAUUGUCAUCUCCUUAUUUUCAUAAUGUACCUAAAUUACAGCAGUUGGAUUUGCACUAAACAAUUUUAUAUGUCAGCACUUAAAAGGCAUGCACAAAAUCUGGUAUAUGGUUUGCCUCAUAUACAUCGUCUACUGGUUUCAUUUUAAAUUGAGAACGUAUAGCUCAACAUGUAAACAAUGUGUGAGUUUAGCUAUUCUCUGCUUCAGAUGACAGAUGCCCAUAAGGUCAGUAAUGACAUCAUACUGUAGGCCUCUGGUUGCAUUGGCGAUGCAUGCGAUAUGAUAAGGUGCAAAGUGGAUUCACAUACAGUUGAAGUCAGAAGUUUACAUACACUUCAAACUCAUUUUUCAACCACUCCACACAUUUCUUGUUAACAAACUAUAGUUUUGGCAAGUUGGUUAGGACAUCUACUUUGUGCAUGACACAAGUAAUUUUUCCAACAAUUGUUUACAGACAGAUUAUUUCACUUAUAAUUCACUGUAUCACAAUUCCAGUGGGUCAGAAGUUUACAUACACUAAAUUGACUGUGCCUUUAAACAGCUUGGAAAAUUCCAGAAAAUGAUGUCAUGGCUUUAGAAGCUUCUGAUAGGCUAAUUGACAUAAUUUGAGUCAAUUGGAGGUGUACCUGUGGAUGUAUUUCAAGGCCUACCUUCAAACUCAGUGCAUCUUUGCUUGACAUCAUGGGAAAAUCAAAAGAAAUCAGCCAAGACCUCAGGAAUUGUUUUUUGUAGACCUCCACAAGUAUCUAUAUCCACAGUAAAACGAGUCCUAUAUCGACAUAACCUGAAAGGCCACUCAGCAAGGAAGCUCCAAAACCACCAUAAAAAGCCAGACUACGGUUUGAAACUGCAAUGUCCUCUGGUAUGAUGAAACAAAAAUAUAACUGUUUGCCCAUAAUGACCAUUGUUAUGUUUGGAGGAAAAAGGGGGGUCUUGCAAGCCAAAGAACACCAUCCCAACCGUGAAGCACGGGGGUGGCAGCAUCAUGCUGUGGGGGUGCUUUGCUGCAGGAGGGACUGGUGCACUUCACAAAACAGAUGGCAUCAUGAGGAAGGAAAAUUAUGUGGAUAUAUUGAAGCAACAUCUCAAGACAUCAGUCAGGAAGUUAAAGCUUGGUCGCAAAUGGGUCUUCCAAAUGGACAAUGACCCCAAGCAUACUUCCAAAGUUGUGGCAAAAUGGCUUAAGGACAACAAAGUCAAGGUAUUGGAGUGGCCAUCACAAAGCCCUGACCUCAAUCCUAUAGAAAAUGUGUGGGCAGAACUGAAAAAGUGUGUACGAACAAGGAGGCCUACAAACCUGAUUCAGUUACACCAUCUCUGUCAGGAGGAAUGGGCCAAAAUUCACCCAACUUAUUGUGGGAAGCUUGUGGAAGGCUACCCGAAACGUUUGACCCAAGUUCAACAAUUUAAAGCAAUGCUACCAAAUACUAAUUGAGUGUAUGUAAACUUCUGACCCACUGGGAAUCUGAUGAAAGAAAUAAAAGCUGAAAUAAAUCAUUUUCUCUACAAUUAUUCUGACAUUUCACAUUCUUAAAAUAAAGUGGUGAUCCUAACUGACCUAAGACAGGGAAUUUUUACUAGGAUUAAAUGUCAGGAAUUGUGAAAAACUGAGUUUAAAUGUAUUUGGCUAAGGUGUAUGUAAACUUCCGACUUCAUCUGUAGCUGAUACACUGAGAGAGAGUGACAAUCAAAUAAAACAUAUUGGAGAGCUUACAACUAGACAAAAAGCAAAUGUUAAUUUGAGAAUACAACACAGAAACACAGACACAUUACAGACAAAGGCCUUCCUCUCUUUAUUGCAGGAUUGUGAUAUGUGAUUAAUCAACAUUUUCACUAGUUAAUUCUGAAUAAUAGUUUAACAAUUAAAACAAAUUUAAACACUUUAAAGAAUCAGCACGUAAUCACUUCAAAAUGUACAAAUAAGCUAACUGGUAUGUAAAUAUUAGACAUCUUAGUCUAAACAACAGUAGAUCAUUGAGUAGUAACCAGUAGGUUAUUAUUACUAAAACAUCAAUUCAGGUGAACAAAAAAAACUCCAUACCAAUGGAGGCCGACCUUGCUCCACUGAUCCCUGAUCUACUUGAUCCCUGAUCUACAGGUGUGUUAUUGCUGGGCUGAAACAGAACCCUGCACACCCAGCAGACCUCCAGCAGCUAAAUGGCAUAUUAUAUUAUAUUAUUAUAUUAUAUUAUUUUUGUAAACAGCAUUUGCUAACAUACUGUGGGUAGGCCUACACAUAUAACCCAUGGCAUAUAUAAAAAAAAAAAAAUAAUAAUAAUAAUAAUAAUAAUAAUAAUAAUAAUGUAUGCACUAACUGUAAGUCGCUCUGGAUAAGAGCGUCUGCUAAAUGACUAAAAUGUAAAUGUAAAUGUAAUAUAGGAUAUACCCUUAGUCUCUUGGGACAUUCAUUGGGACCUCUCUCUUCAUCUGAAAACAGGCUUUCACAGCUUUCCAUAUCUGAGGACAGAAAACAUCACAAAGAAACAGGCUUCAUUACACUCAAAUCAGACAUCACUGAAUAUUAUGUUGCUAUUAUCUCUCUAGAGACUGGAACUGGAGAAUCUUUUCAUAAUGUCCUCCCACAUAAUUACCUGCUCUAUCCAGUACAGUAGCCAACACUCCCCCUUUAUUGACAGCUAUAGAUGCAAUUUCACCCUCUUCCAUGGCUGUUAUCUACAAAUGCAUUUGGGGACUGUGUUUUUAUAGGAAGUUAGCUAGCUGAUGACAUUUAAUUAACUUAGCCAAAUAGUGUGUCAAGUUAGCUAGCUAGCUAGCAGCUCAGUUGACUUAGCCUACAAAGUGGCCUACUGUAGCCAGCUAGUAAGCAAGCUAGCUAGCUAAUAGCCUGAUAAAUAGUUUUUUAACAUUUAAAAAAUGCAUUUACUUACUUGAAUUGGUUCUCCCACUGCCUCCGUUUUUUGGGUCCUUAUGGUAUUUUCAAUAUUUUAUUAGGAUCCCCAUUAGCUGUUGCGAAAGCAGCAUCUACUCUUCCUGGGGUCCACACAAAACAUGAAACAUGACAUAAUACAGAACUUUAACAGACAAGAACAGCUCAAGGAGACAACUACAUCAAUUUAAAAUGGCACACAUAACCUAGAUAUCAAUACAUACACACAAACUAUCUAGGUCAAAUAGGGGAGAGGCGUUGUGCCGUGAGGUGUUGCUUUAUCUGUUUGCUAUUAAUUUGAGCAAUAUGAGAUGGAACGGAGUUGCAUACAAUAAUGGCUCUAUAUAAUACUGUACGCUUUCUUGAAUUUGUUCUGGAUUUGGGGACUGUGAAAAGACCCCUGGUGGCAUGUCUGGUGGGGUAAGUGUGUGUGUCAGAGCUGUGUGUAAGUUGACUAUGCAAACAAUUUGGGAUUUUCAACACAUUAAUGUUUCUUACAAAAUAAUGGGCAAUCUUCACUAUUUUCGGUGGUAAUAAAGCGCAGCCAGAAGCCAUGUGGACGAAUGGAGACAAGGAAAAAAGUUUGUCACCAGAGCGGUUUAAAACGUGUUGUGACGUUUGGCUUUACCAGAGUAAUCCACUUUCAAUUUCAAUAAAUUUAGAUCGCAGACUGUAGGCUACACUUGAUAACUUAAAAACUAGUACUCGAAACUAGCAUAGGAAACAACUACCCAGAUGGAAAACUGACACACAUAACACACAGCAUCCCUUCUACGGCUGUGUAGGGGGAGGGUUCUUGAAAUGUAUCAUCCAAUCAAAAUCUUGCCGCUGGGAGCCAACGGUCCAUUCAAACCGUUUUUGCAAUUGACAACGACGUGAUUUUGGAGGCAUGGCAAUGUUAGACUAGGUGUGUAGUUACCUAACUACAGCACACAGGUGUGUUCAGGUGAUUCCAGGUGGGGUCUGUAGUUGACUUAUAGUCAGCCAAUAGUUAUUCAUAGAUUGUGGUAUUCAGGUCUUCAUGGUGAACAGGCAGGCAACAACAGGAAACCCCAUAUUGCUUACCACAGUUUAUACAUAUUUAGUAACAAUGUUGUGAACAAAGGGGGGAUUAAGGGAUGAGACAGCGUGUAUACAACAGACUAAUAAUAAGGACAGGAGUAAAAUGUCAGUGACGCAGUAAACACAUAGCAACACCUUAAACAGCAUAGUACAUGUACACUCUCUCUCUCUUAGAAGCGCUAGAGCGCGAGCUCGCGCGCUCUCUCUAAUCAUUCUCUCCUCUCUCUAUCCCUCGCCUUCGUCUAUCUCUCUAUCUUCCGUCUCUCUCUCUCUCUCUCUCUCUCUCUCGCUUUCUCUCACUUCUCUCUCUCUCUCUCUCUCUCUCUCUCUCUCUCUCUCUCUCUCUCUCUCUCUCUCUCUCUCUCAAUUCAAUUCAAUUCAAUUGAAAGGGCUUUAUUGGCAUGGGAAACAUGAUUACAUUGCCAAAGCAAGUGAAAUAGAUCAUAAACAAAAGUGAAAUAAACAGUAACAUAUAUAGAAUAGAGACAUUUCAAAUGUCAUAUUAUGGCUAUAUACAGUGUACAGUCUAUGAACAGCCUCUCUCUCUCUCUCUCUCUCUCUCUCUCUCUCUCUCUCUCUCUCUCUCUCUCUCUCUCUCUCUCUCUCUCUCUCUCUCUCUCUCUCUCUCUCUCUCUCUCUCUCUCUCUCUCUCACACACACACAGUUCAUAAUAGGUAUGUAUAAUAACAUUGGCUCCCCUCCCGUCUGGAUGUUAGCUCCUCCUCCCGUUCUAGAGGACAGCUAGUUUGACCCAGGAGGAGGGGAAAGGGGGAGGAGGAGAGGGAGGGAAGGAGAAGAGUGAAGGAGGGAUGGUAAUAGCAGACGAAGCUUAAAUUCAGUCCUGUCAGUGAGUAAAGCCUCUCAGAGGUAGCAGAGGUGGAGAGAGGGAAACACACGGAGCCCGGCAACUAAUGGAUUACUCUGACUGUUGUGAACUACACAGCACCCGAAUGCCAUCAACCACAAGGCAAAUACAGUACAGACAUAUUGACACUCAUUUAACUGCAGCCUCAAACACUGUACAACAAGCUCUGAACACAUUUAGAUCACACAUAAUUUGAAACAGACAGUUCUAACACUGGUCUCUUGAUCUCCAUUAGCGUAAACAGACAAACUGAUUCAAUGAUUAUCACACAAACACAGAGACAGUGCAUGGAUUUCACUGUUGAAUCAAAGGGUCAAAGAUGUGAAUUUUGGUGAGGAUUCGGACACCUUUGUGAAACAUCACUGGAGACCACAAGCAACAGUAAGUACAGUGCCUCACCUUUUAGCUCACCUUAGCAUUUAGCUACCUUUCACUUUGCCUGGUAACGUAACCCUCAGAUGUUACAGCAGCGGUGUGUUUGUCUGAGCACGGCAGUUUACAACAAUUUGUAUUCAGUGAGGUUUGUGUGUGUAUGCAUGCGUUUCAUAAACAGACUUUGCAUAAUGACAGACAUGAUGAGAUAAGAUUAUACUAAAAGCUUUAUGAUAAACCUGCUAGCUUAGACAUUCAGAUGUGUGUCUCCGGAAAAUAAACAGAAUCAUGCUAUGUAAAUGUCUCCAGCUAGCCUUUAUGUCAACACUCUUGAUACACUUAUCUCAGUUAGUUCAUUAAUUUUAUAAUGUAGCUGUGUGUGUAGAGAUUCCUAUGGGAGGUCCUGAAUUGUGACUGUGUAUAGAUCAGCUAAUCGUCAGUAUAAUCAAUUUUGAUGUUGAUGGAACAUAAUGAGUCUCUCUCCUUUGCUGACAAGGACAGAAAGGCCAGCACGCUAUAAUCUCCGUAUAUCACCUUAAUCCGUAAGAGUCUAUUGACGCACCCAUGCGUCAAUCUAAGUAACAUAAUAAAAAAAUCCCCAUCAAAAUCCGUCUGGUUAAGCUAGAGAUGGUUUUUUUUCAUGGGCUGCUAUAAGGUGGGUGCUAUAAGGUGGUAUAUGGUACUAUAAGGUGCUAUAAGGUGGUAUAAGGUACUAUAAGGUGCUAUAAGGUGUCAUAAGGUACUAUAAGGUGCUAUAAGGUGGUAUAAGGUGGUAUAAGGUGCUAUAAGGUGCUAUAAGGUGGUAUAAGGUACUAUAAGGUGCUAUAAGGUGGUAUAAGGUGGUAUAAGGUAGUAUAAGGUGCUAUAAGGUGCUAUAAGGUGGUAUAAGGUACUAUAAGGUGCUAUAAGGUGGUAUAAGGUGGUAUAAGGUACUAUAAGGUGCUAUAAAGUGGUAUAAGGUGGUAUAAGGUACUAUAAGGUACUAUAAGGUGCUAUAAGGUUCUAUAAGGUGCUAUAAGAUACUCUAAGGUGCUAUAAGGUGGUAUAAGGUGGUAUAAGGUGGUAUAUGGUGGUUUAAGGUGCUAUAAGGUGCUAUAAGGUGCUAUAAUGUACUAUAAGGUGGUAUAAGGUGGUAUAAGGUGGUUUAAGGUGCUAUAAGGUGCUAUAAGGUGCUAUAAGGUGGUUUAAGGUGCUAUAAGGUGCUAUAAAGUGGUAUAAGGUGGUAUAAGGUACUAUAAGGUACUAUAAGGUGCUAUAAGGUGGUAUAAGGUACUAUAAGGUGCUAUAAGGUGGUAUAAGGUGGUAUAAGGUGGUAUAUGGUGGUUUAAGGUGCUAUAAGGUGCUAUAAGGUGCUAUAAUGUACUAUAAGGUGGUAUAAGGUGCUAUAAGGUGGUAUAAGGUACUAUAAGGUGCUAUAAGGUGGUAUAAGGUGGUAUAAGGUACUAUAAGGUGCUAUAAAGUGGUAUAAGGUGGUAUAAGGUACUAUAAGGUACUAUAAGGUGCUAUAAGGUUCUAUAAGGUGCUAUAAGAUACUCUAAGGUGCUAUAAGGUGGUAUAAGGUGGUAUAAGGUGGUAUAUGGUGGUUUAAGGUGCUAUAAGGUGCUAUAAGGUGCUAUAAUGUACUAUAAGGUGGUAUAAGGUGGUAUAAGGUGGUUUAAGGUGCUAUAAGGUGCUAUAAGGUGCUAUAAGGUGGUUUAAGGUGCUAUAAGGUGGUAUAAGGUACUAUAAGGUGCUAUAAGGUGGUAUAAGGUACUAUAAGGUGCUAUAAGGUGGUAUAAGGUACUAUAAGGUGCUAUAAGGUGGUAUAAGGUGGUAUAAGGUGCUAUAAGGUGCUAUAAGGUGGUAUAAGGUACUAUAAGGUGGUAUAAGGUGCUAUAAGGUGGUAUAAGGUACUAUAAGGUGCUAUAAGGUGGUAUAAGGUACUAUAAGGUGCUAUAAGGUGGUAUAAGGUGGUAGAAGGUACUAUAAGGUGCUAUAAAGUGGUAUACGGUGGUAUAAGGUGCUAUAAGGUGCUAUAAGGUGGUAUAAGGUACUAUAAGGUGCUAUAAGGUGGUUUAAGGUGCUAUAAGGUGCUAUAAGGUGGUAUAAGGUACUAUAAGGUGCUAUACGGUGGUAUAAGGUACUAUAAGGUGCUAUAAGGUGGUAGAAGGUGGUAGAAGGUACUAUAAGGUGCUAUAAAGUGGUAUAAGGUGCUAUAAGGUGCUAUAAGGUACUAUAAGGUGCUAUAAGGUUCUAUAAGGUGCUAUACGAUACUCUAAUGUGCUAUAAGGUGGUAUAAGGUGGUAUAAGGUGGUAUACGGUGGUUUAAGGUGCUAUAAGGUGCUAUAAGGUGCUAUAAUGUACUAUAAGGUGGUAUAAGGUGGUUUAAGGUGCUAUAAGGUGCUAUAAGGUGCUAUAAGGUACUAUAAGGUGGUAUAAGGUUCUAUAAGGUACUAUAAGGUGCUAUAAGGUACUAUAAGGUACUACACGGUUCUAUAAAGUACUAUACGGUGCUAUAAGGUACUAUAAGGUGGUAUAAGGUGCUAUAAGGUGCUAUAAGGUGCUAUAAGGUACUAUAAGGUGGUAUAAGGUUCUAUAAGGUACUAUAAGGUGCUAUAAGGUACUAUAAGGUACUACACGGUUCUAUAAAGUACUAUACGGUGCUAUAAGGUACUAUAAGGUUCUAUAAGGUACUAUAAGGUGGUAUAAGGUGCUAUAAGGUACUAUAAGGUACUAUAAGGUUCUAUAAGGUACUAUAAGGUGGUAUAAGGUGGUAUAAGGUGCUAUAAGGUACUAUAAGGUACUAUAAGGUUCUAUAAAGUACUAUACGGUGCUAUAAGGUACUAUAAGGUUCUAUAAGGUACUAUAAGGUGCUAUAAGGUACUAUAAUGUACUAUAAGGUUCUAUAAGGUACUAUAAGGUGCUAUAAGGUAAUAUAAGGUACUAUAAGGUGGUAUAAGGUGCUAUAAGGUACUAUAAGGUACUAUAAGGUUCUAUAAGGUACUAUAAUGUGCUAUAAGGUACUAUAAGGUACUAUAAGGUGGUAUAAGGUGCUAUAAGGUACUAUAAGGAUCUAUAAGGUACUAUAAGGUGCUAUAAGGUACUAUAAGGUACUAUAAGGUUCUAUAAGGUACUAUAAGGUGCUAUAAGGUGCUAUAAAGAGCAUAUAGUGUGUGGACCUUUCUGUUCUUUUCAUGUAUACCCCUAAGCCCAGUAUUGAGGUUUUUGUAGGAUGUGGUUAUCACUCCAACCAUUCAUCCCUCCUUCCUCCCACUGCUGUAGGGACACUCAGAGAGAGGAAAGGACACACGUGAGGAGGAUGACCAUGCACUGACAGAAAGGUGAGAGCCAAGAGAGACAGGGAGAAGAUAUAGACUCACCUUGGUGUGUUUGUGUUUGUGUGUGUGUGUGUGUGUGUGUGUAUGUGUGUGUAUGUGUGUGUGUGUUCGUGUCUGUGUGUGUGUUCUGCCACACUAACCAAAACUGUUUUGCUGUUGAUUAAUACAUUUAUGAACCCAGAUAAUUAUCCACAUACAGUAUGCACUCAUAAAGUAUUCAUCGUAGACAGACACAGACAAAAUCAAAAAUGGCUUUGAUGGCUUUUCAUAUCUUUCAUCUAAUAAGAAAAAUAAUCUUGAAAAUCUUCAAUCAUUACAUUUAAUAUUUAUGUUCAUGACCAUCCUUAUCAAUGGAUGUUUAUUAUUAAGUAAGUAGGUAGUCAAUUCUUUAGUAAGUCCUUUAUGUCAAACACCCAGAUGGUUCCUCUCAUUUCCCCCUUGGCACACUCUACGGUAUUGGUAUGCAUAUUUCAAUCAGAGGAAAAGACAGAUGUUCAAAUUGCUUUCUUGUUUGUGCAUACUGAGCUUCCAUCAGGAAAACGAAUGAUCGUUACGCAUCAAAGGGUCUUUCUUGUUCUGAUGAUUCAAUUAUACUGAACAAAAAUAUAAACGCAACAUGCACCAAUUUCACCGAUUUUACUGAGUUACAGUUCAUAUAAGGAAAUCAGUCAAUUUAAAUAAAUUCAUCAGGCCCUAAUGCCUGGUCAGGGGCACAGCCAUGGGUGUAGGCCCACCCACUUGGAAGCCAGGCCCACCCACUGGGGAGCCAGAUCCAGCCAAUCAGACUGAGUUUUUCCCCACAAAAGGGCUUUAUUACAGACAGAAAUACUCCUCAGUUUCAUCAGCUGUCCGGGUGGCUGGUCUCAGACGAUCCUGCAGGUGAAGAAGCUGGAUGUGGAGGUCCUGAGCUGGCGUGGUUACACGUGGUCUGCGGUUGUGAGCCCGGUUGGAUGUACUGUCAAAUUCUCUAAAUUAGGCAGUACAUUUGGAGGCGACUUAUGGUAGAGAAAUUAACAUUACAUUCUCUGGCAACAGCUCUGGUGGACAUUCCUGCAGUCAGCAUGCCAGUUGCACGUUCCUUCAAAAAACUUGAGACAUCUGUGGAAAAACUGCACAUUUUAGAGUGGCCUUUUAUUGUCCCCAGCACAAGGUGCACCUGUGUAAUGAUCAUGCUGUUUAAUCAGCUUCUUGAUAUGCCACACCUGUCAGGUGGAUGGAUUAUCUUGGGAAAGGAGAAAUGUUCACUAAAAGGGAUGUAAACAAAUUUGUGCACAACAUUUUAGAUAAAUAAUAUUUUGGUGCAUAUGAAACAUUUCUGGGAUCUUUUAUUUUAGCUCACGAAACAUGGGACCAACACUUUACAUGUUGCGUUUAUAUUUUUGUACAGUAUACAUUUGGAACUUGUGUGGAUAUGAUCCCCUAGUCAAAAAUCCUAUAGGUUUAGUGAUUUUUCCAAUAGUAUCCUAUAGGACUCUCACAAUCCUAUAGGAUUUUGUGUCACCUUUAUCAGAAUCCUAUUGGAAUCCUAUUGGACUACUUUUAUCUUAUUAGAAAUAAAAGUAAUCCUAUUGGACCCUAUAUGAUUCUCGCAAUCCUAUAGGAUUUUGUAUCACCUCUAUCAGAAUCCUAUUGGAAUCCUAUUAUUUGACUACUUUUUUUCCUAUUGGAAAUCAAAAGUGACCGAUUGGAUCCUAUAUUAAUUUUUUUAUGAUGUUUUUUAACAAUACAAAACAUUAACAUACAAACACACACAAACGUCCACAAAAUCACCCCUGCCCAGACUCACCUGCUCACAACCCAAUCUCCAGCGCUGCCUCAAAAUGCACUAUUGUGUUUCUUUCCAUCACCCACACACUUCAACAUUUAUACAAUAAAGCAUUUCACCUUUCCAUUGUGUUAACGAUGGAGGAUUGGUUUAUUUAUUUUUAAGUGUGUUUUUUCAAGAUGAUUGAUGAGAAAAGUAUGGUCCAACCCAUCGGGUAUCUCACUGCACCCUCACAUGCCAUGUCUUGAAAUAUUCAGACAGAUGGAUUAAAAGUGAAUUUAUCCUAUAGGUUUUUGAUAAGUCUUGUAAGAUUUUGUCACCCCGAUCAGAAUCCUAUUCUCUCCCUCUCUCCCUCCCCUCCCGGAGGACCUGAGCCCUAGGACCAUGCCUCAGGACUACCUGACCUGAUGACUCCUGGCUGUCCCCAGUCCACCUGGUCGUGCUGCUGCUCCAGUUUCAACUGUUCUGCCAUCGGCUAUAGAACACUGACCUGUUCACAGGACGUGCUACCUUGUCCUGGACCUGCUAUUUUUGACUCUCUCUCACUCUACCGCAACCGCUGUCUCGACCUCUGAAUGCUCGGGCUAUGAAUAGCCAACUGACAUUUUCUCCUGAGGUACUGACCUGUUGCAACCUCUACAACCACUGUGAUUAUUAUUUGACCCUGCUGGUCAUCUAUGAACGUUUGAACAUCUUGAAGAACAAUCUGGCCUUAAUGUCCAUGUACUCUUAUAAUCUCCACCCGGCAAAGCCAGAAGAGGACUGGCCACCCCUCAGAGCCUGGUUCCUCCCUAGGUUUCUUCCUGAUGUAAAAAGGGCUUUAGGAAUAAAUGUGAUUGAUUGAACCCAACCAGCGCAGGCUGCGGACAUAAGAGGGAUACACGGUCGCUUAGGGCCCCAGGGCGCUUAGGGCCCCAGGGGCCCUGAACUCCUUGGGGCCUCCAUUGAUUUUGUUAGUCACUCUCAUUCAGAUAUCAUUAACAUGGCAUAAGUCAUGGCAAAAUGUGUAGAAUUGCAGGAAAUUUGCUUUAAAAUUGAAAAAAUAUCUCUCCACCCCAUGGCAAAAUGGGUAGAACUGCAGGAAAUUAGCAGUAAAACCUUUUCAUUUCUGCCCAAGUGUCAAAAUGAGUAGAAUUGCAUGAAGUUUGUUAUAAAAUUGCAAACAUUUCUCUCCGCCCCAUGGCAAAAUGUGUAGAAUUGCAGGUAAUGUAAAUUAAAACGUACACCAACCAAAUCUCGCUUAGGGUCCCCAAAAGGAUAGAGCCGGCCCUGAACCCAACAAACCCUUGGGCCUGGAUGGUCUAUUGUGUAAAUAGAGAGAUGUGCGCAAGUCAGUCAGUGCCAACCUGAAUUGACUAUGGCUUAAGGAGAGAACCUUCAAUGCAAGUCAAGCAGCUGCACACAAGUGUUUGCAAUGCGGGCCGGUGAGUAAUGGCUGUAUCAGUGUGUGCAGUGAGGGCCGGUGAGUAAUGGCUGUAUCAGUGUGUGCAGUGAGGGCCGGUGAGUAAUGGCUGCAUCAGUGUGUGCAGUGAGGUGUGGUCGGCUCUAUUAACAUUUAAUAGGUUGUUUUGGCAAGGUACGCUAUUGUGGGACAAAAUGUUCACCUGUAUUGUUGCAUGUCCUUUAUAGUGCUAUAAUGGCUAAACGACUGAAAGAUAGGUUAUAUAGAGAUAGAGUAGACAGACUGAUGAUGUGGGAGCUACAGGAUACUUCAGGAGUUCAAGAGAAGCCAUCUUUUGGUUUUGACUUUCACAGUAUAGGCUACAUAGAGAUUGUUUUGGACAUGCCACCCUCCGCAAAUUGA